ACCGGCGCGCGUCCAUUGGCCGGUUCGGCGAGGGGAGGAGCGCUGCUUUCCCGGGCCCCCCACCGCCGAGAUGAGCUUUAGCCGUCUGUAUCGCCUGCUGAAGCCAGCGCUACUUUGCGGGGCUGUGGCUGCGCCGGGCCUGGCUGGCACCAUGUGCGCGUCCCGCGACGACUGGCGCUGUGCUCGCUCCAUGCAUGAAUUCUCAGCCAAGGACAUCGACGGGCGCAUGGUUAACCUGGACAAGUACCGGGGCCACGUGUGCAUCGUCACCAAUGUGGCCUCGCAAUGAGGCAAGACUGAAGUAAACUACACUCAGCUGGUCGACCUGCACGCCCGAUACGCCGAGUGUGGUUUACGGAUCCUGGCCUUCCCUUGCAACCAGUUUGGGAGGCAGGAGCCAGGGAGUAAUGCGGAGAUCAAAGAGUUCGCCGCUGGCUAUAACGUCAAAUUCGAUAUGUUCAGCAAGAUCUGUGUAAAUGGGGACGACGCCCACCCUCUGUGGAAAUGGAUGAAAGUCCAGCCCAAGGGGAGGGGCAUGCUGGGAAAUGCCAUCAAAUGGAACUUCACCAAGUUUCUCAUUGACAAGAACGGCUGUGUGGUGAAGCGGUACGGUCCCAUGGAAGAGCCCCUGGUGAUAGAGAAGGACUUGCCAUGCUACCUCUAGCUCCACAAGGUGCUGCCCCUACCCAAGCCUGCUGCCUGUGUUCUGAGGAGCCUUCCCCUGGUGCCUAUGACGGUCUGUCUGAAAACCAGCCCCUGGUGGGGCAGACCCGAGAACCUGGCGUGCACUCCUGCCGGAGGAAGGUCCCUUGGCCUGGCUGCGGCUUGGCAACCCCACCCCUGACUGCCUUGUGGGAAUAAAAUGUACAACACAACACA